AUGGCUAAGCACAUCUCUAUCUCUUCUCUUUCUCUUGUUUGCUUUCAGUAUCUUCCUCCUCAAAGAAGAAGAACACAUCCCUGCCUCCCACCAACCCCGCCUGCUAUUCCAAUUCUUGGUCAUCUCCAUCUCCUCUUGAAACAACCAAUUCAUCGGCAUCUACAGACUCCUUCUCAAAAAUAUGGUCCUAUCUUCUCCGUCCGUUUCGGAUCCCGUCUUCUUGUUUUCAUAUCCUCUCCAUCCACUGUUGAAGAAUGUUUCACCAAGAACGACAUCAUUUUUGCCAACCGCCCUUGCUUCUUGUUCGGCAAGUACAUAGACUACAACUACACUACUAUUGCUUCAGCACCAUAUGGUGAACACUGGCGCAAUCUCCGCCGCCUCAGCACACUGGAAAUCUUCUCCACAAAUUGCCUUAACAUGUUUCUGGGAAAUCGGUAUUAUGGGGAAGCAGUGGAUUUCGAGGAAGCCAAACUUUUUCGGGAAGUAAUGAGAGGGGUUUUCGAAUUGGCUGGAACACUGGCGCACCCUCCUCCGCCGCGUCAGCACACUUGAAGUGUUCUCUUCCAAUCACCUUAACAUGUUCUAAGGCAACCGUAGCGAUGAAAUCUGUCAUUUAUUCAUCGUUUGUCUAGGGAUUCCAGGGGUAAUUUUGUGAAGGUAGAGUUGCUGCUAAUAUUUAAUAUUAUAAUGAGGAUGAUUGCAGGAAAGCGCUACUAUGGUGAAGACGUCCACGUUGAGGAGGCGAGGCAUUUCCAAGAUAUUAUAGGGAAGAUCUUUGAAUUGGGUGCAACAUCAAAUCCAACAGAUUUUUUUGCCUCUGUUGCGAUGGAUAGAUUAUGGAGGUUAUGAGAGGAAGAUGCAUGGCAAAUAUUAGUAUAGUGUUAGAUGCGAUCUUGCAAGGUUUUGAUUAAUGAGCAUACAAUAAAAGGGGUUUAGUGGAUAAUAA